AGCUCGUUAUUAGUUGUGUGUUGCGUAUCGUGUGGAACGGUCUGAAAAUAGACGGGCUGAAAUUUUUUAAGUUUAAAAUUUAUAUGCAAAAGAUAGAAUACCUAUUUGUCAUUUAGUAUUUUGCAUAUAGAGCAUACUUACAAAAAUAUUUACCUACCUUCAUAUCUGUGGGAAUAUUUAAAACACAUAUCGCAUAAAAAUGUCGGACGCAGCGAAUGGUGAGUCGAAAUACGGCUUCAAGGACAAAGAGAAGGCGGAGGAGACAUUACAGUUGCUCGAAAGUCAUGAUAUGCAAUACAGAAAGUUGACAGUGCGGGGAUUGCUCGGGCGGGCAAAGCGUGUCCUUACCAUGACGAAGGCUGAGGAAAAAGUUAAAAACAUCGGUGAAGCAAUUGAAGUUUUCGAGAAAUGGCUAGAGGAGAAUGGGGGUGGUGCUGCUAAUAAAAAUUCCAAAACCGACAAAGAAGACAAAGUGGAAACAGUACCUGGCUUAGGAUUUAAGGACAAAGAAGCAGCGGAAGCAACGCUGAGGAUUCUCAAAGAUCGUGAUCCAGACUACCAAAAAUUGGCCAUCAAAGGCUUGAUAGGUAGUUCGAAGCGUGUACUCUCCGGCACGAAGAAUGAAGAUAAAAUAAAAUCAAUUCAGGAGGGUGUCAAGAUACUAGAGCAAUUCUUGGAGAAGUUUGAAACAGAAAAUUUAAUAAAAAAUAAUCGUGCAUACCUCGCAUACUCGAUUAUCGAACAAUUGCCCGAGGCGAACGAUGAGCUGGCAGCUGAAUUUGUUAAAGCCUAUGGUGGGGCCAAGGCCAAAGGCAACUAUAAGCAUUUACGCACCAUGUAUCCAGAAGAGGAUGACUCUACGUCAUGGGAUAUUAUACGCAAUCGAAAUAUUACAAAAAUUUUGGAAAAACUAAAGGCUGAGGAAGCGAAAUUGUUUGAUGCCGAGACUGGUGCACCGACAGAGAUCCAUCUGGAACUUAUACACUGGGCUUACAGUCCACAGCCAGAUAAAGUGAAAGCAUAUUUGGAGAAGAAUGCAAAGAAAAAGGCGGAGAAACGUAAGAUUGCACAAAAAGAAGACUCCAGCUCUGACGAAGAUGACAGUGAUGAUGACGAUGAUGAUCGUGAUGAUGGAGAGACACCAGAAAAGAAGAAGAAGAUGGAAUAGUGCGUGCAGGAGAUUAUGUAAUUUUGUUAAAAUUCAAAUAUGCAUACCAUAUUUAUAUACAUAAAUAUGUAUGUAUGAGUGUCUGUCAAUAUUUAUUAAAUACAUACAUAAAAAUGUACAUAAAAUAAAUUUCUGUACUUACAUAGAGAUGUAAGCGGCCAUGAUGAAAAGUAUGAAUGUAUGUGCAGAUUUUUUUGCAAUUGUAAAAAUAUUUAUAUCCGUACAUGUAUACAUAAAUGUAUGUAUAUGUGCAACAUAUCAACGACAAAAAUGACAAUUGAGUGUAAAAAAUUUCAGAAACGUCAAUAAAAUCUAUCAAAUUAUCCUACUCGGGACAUUCCCGCAAA